UUACCGUUGGUAGUCGCAGUCGCGCUGUAUGAAUUCGGUAGUACCUUUACAUUUGUUCAUACGUGGUAGUACUUGACAAGGUACUCAUUCGACCUAGCAGUACCGAUAACUACCCUUCGAUAGUUUCGUUGCGAUUUUAUCACGUUUCGGGUUAUUUAAGGAAUAUUGUCAAAACAGGUACUCUUCUUGCAAGAAAUAAGCAGACGCUGCUGGUGACAACCAAGACGGAAGAGGUGUAUCACACCUCCGAUAGAUAGAAAUAAGAUAUUUGACAUCAAAUUUAUAAGGAUAUACCUACAAAUUAAGCUGUAAGGACGAAUGUUGUGAUCUUUCUUCAACUUGGUCUCAUUUUAAAGAACCAAGAAACUUGGUCUUUUGGUGAGUGUACAAAACAAUGCGAUCUUUGGAAAUGACUGCAUCAUGGAAUGAAGAAGACGAAGACGUAGAAGUGGAAGACAUGGAAAUCAGGAAGCACUCAAAUGACGGAAGAGACGAUCUUACAGAAUCAAGCAGCGACGAGGCGACAGGCAAAAAAAGAAGGAAACACGGCGGUAGCGCAUCCAGUGGCAGUGCGUCAAGCGGGACGACGAUACGUAGGCGGAAAACUUGUAUAAGUGCGAGAGAGAGAAAUUUACGAAGACUGGAAAGUAACGAGAGAGAAAGAAUGAGGAUGCAUUCGUUAAAUGAUGCAUUUGAGCAACUAAGAGAAGUGAUUCCACAUAUUAAAAUGGAACGCAAACUAUCAAAAAUAGAAACCUUAACGUUAGCGAAAAAUUAUAUAAUGGCACUAACAAAUGUUAUCUGCGAUAUGAGGGGAGAAGAAAAACAUUACACAUUUGUCCAAGAUAUGGAAAGCGACGGAGGUGAAAUAGACUUAAACAACGGCAUGGACGACGCGUCCAGUACGGAGCCGAACAACAACAACAUCUACCAACAGAACUUAGAGGCUCCCUCGGAUAACCAUCUGCCGAACAACCGCUAAGACCAACUAGAAAAUCAUUUAGACUACGGAUUUGCCCGAUCUAAGUACGGUAGAUUUUUAUUGCUUUGUUUGAAUCAAACUAUGAUGUUUAGCUAAGGUUUGAACUAUUGAUCAAAUGAACCGGGAAGACGAAUUGGAAGAGUUAGCAUUUGAUUCAGCGGAUUCCGAUGUGCAGAAGGUUUGAGACUAGCUGCAGGUUCACGAUAUUGUUUAUUGUAUAAAAUUGUCAAUUUUUUGGUUUCGAUCAUAUCGUAUAUAUACCUACUGUCAAUUAUUUUGUUGGUACUUUUCAAUUUACAUUAUUUUAAAUUGAAAACAGGAUAGGGUAAAAAGGACGUAGUAGUACUUAGCAAAACAACUUAUUUUAUUGUCGUCAUGGAAAAUUAUCUCACAUUACUCAUAGACUUCUAUGAACCUCCUCCCUCCCACCAGUCUUCUUCGAACUUCAUCAUCUGCUCCGUCCAUGGAUUUUAUAGAAAUCUACAUAUUAGGUGAUUAUUAUUUCUCUCACUUUCUACCUCUCUAUCUCUCUCUUUCUCUCUCUGUACUAUUCUUUCUCCCUCUCUAACGUUGGCAUCAAUUAUUAUCACAUCUAAAACA